AUGUCAGACUUCGACGAAACACUCCGCUACGGCGGCCCGCAGGCCGACGAAGGAACUGACGAUGCCGCCCGCAAGGCUGAGGAACGCGAACGCAAGAAGGCCGAAGUCCGAAAGAGGCUGGAAGAAGCCGGCAGCAAGAAGAAGGCGAAAAAAGGCUUCCUCACACCAGAAAGAAAGAAGAAACUUAGGAAACUUCUCAUGAUGAAAGCCGCCGAAGAUCUUAAGCAGCAACAAUUGUUGAAAGCACAGGAACGACAGAAGGCGCUCGCUUCACGAAUUAUCCCAUUGCCAGACGUUGAUAAGAUUGAAGAUAAGGGACAACUCGAAAAAAUCUACAACGAUAUGUUCGAACGGGUGAAGAAAUUGGAAGAGGAGAAAUACGACAUCAACUUCGUUGUUACACAAACUGAAGCCGAAAUCAAUGAACUCACGAUUGCCGUCAAUGACCUCCGGGGCAAAUUCGUAAAACCAACAUUGAAGAAGGUCUCCAAAUAUGACAACAAAUUCAAGAAGAUGGCUGAUGAGAAGGCGAAGGUAAAGGGUGAGAAGGCCGACUUCAGGGCGAAUCUUAAAGUCGUCAAAAAAGAAAACGCUAUUGAAGACAUUAUGGCUAAGACAAAGAAGAAGGAAGACAAACCCGACUGGUCGAAGAAGCCGCCAGCGGAGAAGAAGGAAGAGGAAGUGAAGGAAGAAGCUGCACCACCACCACCACCUGCAGCAGAAGAGCCUGAAGCAGAAGAGGAAGGAGGCGAAGAGGAAGAGGGAGGGGACGAAGAGGAGGAAGAAGAGGAAGAGGAGGAGUAA